AUGGGAAACAUUGUCAAAUGUUUUGGAACGACCGGUAGAUCGAACUCGAAGCAUUCGCAGAUGCCGCAUGCAUCAUCGUGGAACGUAAUCUCGACGCAGGCCGUGGAAAAGACGGAAGAAAGAAGGAAAGAGGGAGAACGAGGCAGAAGAAUGAGGGGAAAGAAGAAGGAGAAGAGAGCGCAAGAGGACGUCAGUUUCUAUUGGGUCGAAAGUCUGUCAGCGCACAGUAACGAAACUCGUUCAUGGAAAGUGAAGAAGCGUAUAUAUAGUGGCGGAUGAAGAAGUAGUACGUCUAUAGAAACUUGCACGAACGUAGAUGCAACGAAAUCGGAAAUGGCAUUGGAAGAGGAGGGGAGAUGUGACGCGCGACGUGAGGGACAAGUGAACAUUUUCUUCUAUACGUGUAUACGUGCAUACAUGGACAAGUACAAGGGUAUAUAGGUAGUUGAAUCAAUAAUGUGAACGACUGGUGGAAGGACGCAAGAUACGCUCUUCUACUGUAGUAGAAGAUACGUAUACGUAUUUCAGCGUGAAGGAAAUCGCGAGCUUUCGCGUCGUCGCUAGUUUUCUAGCGAAUCUUUAGCAUUUACCGUUCUUAUUAUA